AUGCCAACUAUAGAACAACUUAUUAGAAACACAAGACAGCCAAUCCGAAAUGUAACAAAAUCUCCCGCUCUUCGGGGAUGCCCUCAGCGCCGAGGAACGUGUACUAGGGUGUAUACUAUUACCCCUAAAAAACCAAACUCUGCCUUACGUAAAGUUGCCAGAGUACGCUUAACCUCUGGAUUUGAAAUCACUGCUUAUAUACCCGGUAUUGGCCAUAAUUUACAAGAACAUUCUGUAGUCUUAGUAAGAGGGGGAAGGGUUAAGGAUUUACCUGGUGUGAGAUAUCACAUUAUUCGAGGAACCCUGGAUGCUGUCGGAGUAAAGGAUCGUCAACAAGGGCGUUCAAAAUAUGGGGCCAAAAAGAAAAAGCCAAAAUAA